CGGAUGCCCGUCUAUUUCCUGGGCAUAGGGGGCCCUAACUUCUUGGAAUCUACGAACCACCCUGCCUACGCCAAACUAGCCGCAGUUGGGCGGGAGAUUACGACCAAAGUCAAGCUAAAGGCAGUCGUCGUCUUUUCUGCCCACUGGCAAGGAGGCCCGAACACAAUCAGAAUCAACGUUGCAGAAAAGACGGAUCAAAUCUACGAUUUCUACGGCUUUCCACCACACUUUUACGAAUACAAUUAUCCUUACAUAGGAAGUCCCGAGGUCGCCGAAAAGGUUAUCGAAAAGCUCGAGGGUGCCGGCAUCGAGGUUGAGAGAGUCAAACGAGGCCUUGACCAUGGCGUCUGGGCCGGUUUCAUGGUUGCUUUUGACCCGAAGAAGAACCCAUUGAAUGUGCCCAUCGUGCAGGUUUCGCUGUACGAUAAUGAGGACUCGGACCAACAUUACCGCGUGGGGCAAGCUCUGGAGAGUCUGCGAGACGAAGGCGUUCUGAUUAUCGGCGCGGGAAUGGCUGUUCACAAUCUUCAUGAUUACCGGAAGACGUUGCAGGCGCGGGGGGCCGGCAAGACCAUGCCUUACGCCUUCAGCUUUGACGAGGCGCUGAAAGAGGCUGCCACCGCAGAUCCUGAGGAACGUCGGGCAAAAAUGGCAGCUUUGAUGAGGCGCAGUGAUGCUAGAGAGGCGCAUCCGACCUGGGAACAUAUUCUCCCCAUUCAUAUUGCUGCAGGCGCCGCUAGCUCGGGUCUUGGCGAACAAAUCUGGACUUUACCGGAAGGAAGUUUGAGUUGGGCGCAGUAUCGCUUUGGUGAACUCGCAGCGGCGUAGCAUUGCUCUUGAGCAAUCUGAAUCAAAAGAAAAGGAACUUUUUUGAUUAUGACAGAAUGUUAUACAAUCAUCUUACGUUACUGAUACAGCCUUUGUCUUCCGAAGGCUAAAGGUGCCGCUGGAUUUUCCCCUUUUCCUAUCUCGAGUGGUAACAGCGAGACGGUAGCAACGGCAGAACCCGAAUCUCACCUAGCAAUCUACGUCCGAAUAAGUUCGAAUUGCAACAGAGAGAAGCAGUAGUAGACAAACGACGCCUCGGUAACUAGUAUCUCGAGCUUGUGAAUCCAGAUUGGUACGUUGAUGGGGGUGAUCUGAUAAAGAUAAUACUGAAUCGGGUGUGGAUGGACAUGGAAAUUACUAU